AUGGCCUUUACCAAAAAUCUCAGUUUACUCCUUGACUUUGCAACUGGUGAUGUUGGGGAUGAGAUUUGGAGAUGGGAUCUGGAUGAUGAUGAUGAUGGUGACAACCGCAAGGGUGGGUGUGGCUUGUUGUGGAGCUGCGAUGGGGUGGCUGGGGAGGGGUCGAAGGUGGCUGUGAUGGGAUGGUUGGGGAGAUGA